CCAGCACAGCGCGCGAGGUGUUACUUCCGGACUGAGACUGCAGAGCGUAAUAUUAAAUAAGGUUAAUGUGCUUACACAGAGUCUGAGCACAGCAAGAUUAAAAGUCGGUUCUCCGCUGCUGUUGCGUGAAUAAACUGACAUCCGGGUGGAAACAUUCGCCGGAACAGGGGGCUUGUCGGGAUUCCGUUGCCAGGGAGAACGAAUCGAGCUCUCUGCAAAGAAGAAGGAAGAAGGAGAAGUAGGAACAUUUUCUCACAACUCAUCUCCCAUCAAGCUCUUCUUUUCACUGCUCCCUACUGCCUUUACAGCUUCACCAUCAUGAAGCUGAAAGAGGACCUCAACCCCAUGCUGCUGAUCUUCUUCCACCUGACAAUAUGGAUCUACACUAUCAUCACUUUUCUGCCCUCCUACUUCAUCAGCUGGGUCUCCAGAGGUGACAGGCCCCCCUACGGCUUAGAGGAAGAGCGAGCCAAGAAAGUAAAGGCCCUCUCAGUGCUGGGAAAUCCUGAGGGACCAUACAGAGCAGUGGGCGCCAUUAAGAGGCUGGUGCCAUCUCUGUACCCAGGAGUGGACACUCUGGAUAAGAUGUUUGAGUAUGCUGCCACGAGGUUUCCCUACCGAGACUGUCUCGGGACGAGGGAGGUGAUCAGCGAGGAGGAUGAGCAACAGAGCAAUGGCAAAAUGUUCAAGAAGGUGGUUCUGGGUGAGUACCAUUGGCUCUCCUAUGAGGAGGCCCUCACAGCAGCGUCCCAGCUGGGCAGUGGUCUGGGAUCACUGGGUCAGCGGCCAAAAAGCAACAUUGCAAUCUUCUGUGAGACACGAGCUGAGUGGAUUAUUGCUGCCCAGGCCUGCUUCAUGUACAACUUCCCGUUGGCUACCUUUUACUCCACUCUGGGAGGUCCAGCCAUUGCUCACGGGCUGAAUGAAACUCAGGUCACCCACAUCAUCACCAGCAGAGAGCUCCUGGAGACCAGACUCAAGGCUAUCCUAAUCAAAGUUCCGAGGCUGCAGCAUAUCAUUGUAGUAGAUAACACACCAACCUCAUGGCCCGGCUUCCCGCGUGGCAUCAGCGUUCGCAACAUGGCUGCAGUUCAGAAGCUGGGGGCCAGGCCUGAGAAUGCAGCAUGUGAGCGUAAGCAACCGAUGGCUUCAGACAUUGCAGUCAUCAUGUACACCAGCGGAUCCACGGGCAUACCAAAGGGCGUCAUGAUCUCGCAUAGCAAUCUCAUCGCUAGCAUCACAGGAAUGGCCGAGCGGAUACCCAACCUCUGUGAGAAGGACACAUACAUUGGUUACCUGCCUCUUGCCCACGUGCUGGAGCUCAGUGCAGAGCUCCUAUGUAUUUCUCAUGGCUGUAGGAUUGGCUAUUCUUCACCUCAGACUCUUGCUGACCAGUCAACCAAGAUCAAGAAAGGAAGCAAAGGAGAUGCCAGCGUCCUGCAGCCCACUCUGAUGGCAGCUGUACCGGAGAUCAUGGAUCGUAUUUAUAAGAAUGUGAUGACCAAGGUUGAGGAGAUGAACUAUGUCCAGCAAACACUCUUCAUUCUGGCAUACAACUACAAGCUGGAGCGGCUCGCCAAAGGAUAUAGCACACCUCUGUGUGAUAAGCUGGUGUUCAGGAAAAUUCGCACUCUGCUGGGAGGUCGGACACGUGUCUUUAUAUCAGGAGGCGCGCCACUCUCUGCAGCCACACAGCGCUUCAUGAAUGUGUGCUUCUGCUGCCCAGUGGGUCAAGGAUAUGGCCUGACAGAGACCUGCGGAGCUGGAACCAUUAGCGAGUUGUGGGAUUACAGCACUGGGAGAGUGGGGGGGCCGCUGGUUUGCUGCGAGAUAAAGCUCAAAGAUUGGGUGGAGGGUGGUUAUCGUAAGACAGACAAGCCCCACCCUCGAGGAGAGAUUGUGAUUGGCGGACCAAAUGUAACCAUGGGAUACUACAAGAAUGAGGCUAAAAACCAAGAAGACUUCUUUGUAGAUGAGAAUGGCCAGCGGUGGUUCUGCACAGGAGACAUCGGAGAGUUUCAUGAAGAUGGAUGCCUCAAGAUAAUUGAUCGUAAGAAGGACUUGGUGAAGCUGCAGGCAGGAGAGUAUGUCUCCCUGGGAAAGGUGGAGGCCGUGAUGAAGAACUGCCCCUUGAUUGACAACAUUUGUGCUUAUGCCAACAGUGAUGAGACGUAUGUGAUUGGCUUUGUGGUACCCAAUCAGAAGCAGCUGCUGGCUCUGGCUGACCAGUACAGUAUCCAAGGCUCAUGGGAAAUGCUGUGCAGCAGCAAGGCCGUGGAGGAGCUGGUCCUCAAAGUCAUCACUGAGGCUGCACUAGCAGCCCAGCUGGAGCGCUUUGAGAUUCCUCGCAAGAUCUGUCUGAGCCCAGAUCCAUGGACUCCUGAGACGGGAUUAGUGACUGAUGCAUUCAAACUCAAGCGCAAGGAGCUGAAAACACAUUACCAGGAUGACAUUGAGAGGAUGUACGGAGGAAAGUAACAACAAGGAGCAGUACGUCAUUGUUCAUUCUCAAAGCACAGACCAACACUUAACUCAGAAACACUCCCAGUGCCCUCUCACCCCUUCCCUCUAUCUUCUGUAGUAUCAGUGAGAGAGCCGCAGUAAAUCUGGAUGUGUGGUAAAUCUUAACACUCCUGAGAUCACAUAGAAAGGUGGAAAAGGAUAGGAUGAUGUAAUUUACUUUUAUGGUGCAAUUAUUAACCAAAUCCUCCAAGGAAGUGGAUUUACUUGAAAUUGUAACCAAACACAAGCAGAUUAAAUGUUUAAAACCAUUGAGGAAAAUACAAAACACACCUGUCCGCUGCUGCAUUUUCCCUGUUUUCAUCUGGGUGUGUGACCUCUGUGUGGAGAUCUUUAUUGUUCCAGAUGUGGGUUAUGAAACAGAGUAUGCUGAACUCUUGCUGAGGCUGGAAAGGUUGUUGCCUUUUUGCUUUGUGCUCACCCAUGAAAUACUGUUAUGUGAUUAUGUACUGUACGGCCUUGCCAUAUCUUUCCUUUACUUCAUUCUGAUUAUCUUCUAAUCUUCUCAUAACUUAAAGGUUUCACAUUCCUUCUUCCUGCAGGUCAGGAGAUGGUUAACGGUUUUAUAGCUCUCUUAUUUUCUUACAUGUUUUGAGCUCUGUUAGUGGUUUAUUUUGUCCGCCACCCACAGUCGGGCUUUGACUCCCUUGCCCGUAGGACGUCUCCAUCGUUCGGCACUUCUUCAUACAAAAAAAAAACACAAAGUCAUAUGAGGGCAAAUGAAAGCAGGUUGGUAAAGGUCGUAUCUGGAGUAAUGAUUUUCAUUUUUUACAUUAUUAACAAUGAGGCUACUGCUCCUUUUUUAGUAAUGCAACAAAGAUGGCACCUAAUAGUCUUAUUUAUAAAGAAGAGAAACAAAGAUGCUCUGUUGUUUAGUCUACUGAAUUUUCCUACAGUGACAGAGGAUACUUUUCUAUGUGCUGUACAUACCAGUGUGCACAAAAAUGCACAUUUACUUGCCUGUAUUACAGAUGAAAUUACUGUGUAAUCAUUGUCAUGUUUGAUAAAUAGUAGUGAAAUAUGAAAAUGUAUCUUUUCUGCCCAAGUAAGGCAGCUGAUUACACAUAGGAUUUAAAUAAAGAUUUCUCAUUGUGCAUGGGUGCACUACUUGAAAGAUUAGGACACUUUUACAAGUGUAACUUCAGUGUGUAUAGUUGACAUUUAUUUUGCAUAAUCAGCUUAAAGCCUUCUCAUACCCUUAACAUCUGCACCAGUAUGACAGUGUGUCCAUUCAUGGCACAAAUGUGGCCCCAGCAUCCCUUAGUGUGACACCUGGUAUCUCUUCUUGUGAUUCUGAUUUGCACCUUUCGGCCAGAUUUUUAAUCUUACCGUUUCUCAGUAACUGUACAUAUGUUUGCGUAGUUGUGACCAGCAGAGGAAGCACAUGUUUAGCCUCUGCUUUAACUUGAGCCUUUAUACCUUUAGGCUAAUUCUGGAGCUCCAUUCUCUCUUUCUGUAUGAACAGCCUGCCUUUUAACAAAAGUGCAUCCAACUAUUUAUUUGUAAUUUCCCUUUUUUUUUUUAAAUAAUCAAAUUCAGUAAAUAAAGAUUGUGUGAGGUCUG